GCCUGGCUAACGCAAAACAAGCUAUCUGUUUUCUUCACUUUACUUACCUAACCCUUAAUCUUAGCUAGCCUGUCUUUAAGGGAUUAUGAAGAGCAACUCUGGGACAAGAAAAUGAAUUGCGAUUCUGAGAGGGCAUUCUGAGUUCAAUCAAUAUGAGCUGCUCGACGGCACGCUUUGCACUCACCGUGAGUUUAAAGUCCAGAUUUUCUUUGUGUCUGUGAGAUGCCCUAACCAUGCCGCAGAAGCUGCUCAAGAGUGCGCAGUACAUCGAGCUUGGUAGCUACCAGUACUGGCCGGUCAUUGUACCAAGGGGCAUUCGGCUUUACACCUACGAGCAGAUACCCGGUUUCCUGAGGGAGAACCCGUAUAUCACCGAUGGCUACAGAGCCUACCUGACCUCAAGGCUUUGCAUUAAAAGCCUCCUCAUCCUGUCCAAUGAGACGGUGAACAUCUGGAGUCACCUGCUGGGCUUCCUGAUGUUCCUGACUCUGGCCCUGCACGACAUGACCACUAUACUGCCCGCCACUGGCGCCUCCAGAGAAGACUACGUCAUCCACGCCAUCGGACUUUUCUGUUUCCAGGUGUGCAUGUUGUGCUCAGUGGGAUAUCAUCUCUUCUGCUGCCAUCGCUCAGAGAAGACCAGUCGUCGCUGGAUGGCGCUGGACUAUGCUGGAAUCUCCAUCGGCAUCUUGGGAUGCUAUGUGCCUGGGGUCUUCUAUGCCUUCUACUGCAACAAUUACUGGCGGCAGGUGUACCUGGUGGCGGUGUUGGCCAUGACGCUGGCCGUGUUCCUGGCCCAGAUCCACCCGCUGUACCUGAGCAAGCAGUGGCAAAGGAUCCGCUCGCUCAUCUUCUGCUCCGUGGCCGGCUACGGCCUCAUUCCCACAAUGCACUGGGUGUGGCUCAGCGGGGGCAUCCACUCAGACGUCGUCCAGGCGUUUGUUCCACGUGUUCUGGUCAUGUACGUGAUCGCUGCAGCUGCCUUCAUUUUCUACGUCUCCAAAGUUCCGGAACGUUACUUCCCAGGCCAGCUGAAUUACCUGGGUGCCAGUCACCAGCUGUGGCACAUGCUGGUGGUUCUGAUGUUCUACUGGUGGCACCAGUCCGUGCUCUUCAUCACUGAAUACAGGCACAGCCACCCCUGCGCCGAUCACCCGCUGCACGCCUAGGCCAGCCACUUCCUGUCUGUCUUGAGCUGAUGAGGUCAUCAACACGAGCCUCACCUCUGCUGACCGGAAGGGCUGAUGGAACUUUGACAGGCCCUAAUUUGAAAUGAACUAGCCCUCACUUUGUGUCAGACUCUCUUGGGCCAGAAUGUUAAUAAUUGUUAGAACGUGCUUCAUACAAUCACACAACACUAAAUAGAAGUGCCUACCACGCCCAAACCUACCGAUUUACUGAGGUUCAAAGACCUGUGUGAGCUAGAGUAUUGAUAUUUAAAGGCAUUUUUGGCAGAUUUGUAGCUUCUACUUAAGGAAAUUAUUCAUGUUUGUAACAAUUGGACUGUUCAAGCUAUUGUUGUCUUGUGCUUACCACUUCCUUCAGAUUGUUGACGACCAACUGGAAGAUUGUUUUGUUUUUGUUUUUGUUUUACAGAAGACCAUGUUGUGCUGGGCUCAGUGAUAAACAAAUAUCAUACAUAUCAGGCUUACCUGUAAUGUACAUGUUGCCACAGGUCCACUCGUGUCUUCACAGUGGUCAGAACAAGGGCCACAAACAGCUCCCUACUCCUCAAUGUAUUUUUCUGAUUUUUUUUUUUUUUUCCCAGAAAGUAUUUCUUGUGAAACUGUCACUUCUCGGUAGUGCAGGCUAUACAUGCAGUGUUGUGAUGCAGACCACACCUGCCCUGUAAAGUGCUGUAGGCUACACCUGUGCUGGUUCUUCAUAUUUAGUAAUGUCUGCAGUAAAAGCAAAUGCUGGAUGUUGUUACAAAUAUUGUGCCUGGAGCAGUAGUCAGGAUAGAGCGAGGACAUGCAUGGCGAUCGCGAUGGUUUAACCAAAGACUGAAGGUGACAGUUGAGCACAACCGAUCACAUUGACAUGGCCAUGAAUAAUUUGAGCAACUAACUGUUUAUUAAUUGUAGCACUGCUAAAAAAAGUUUUUUUUCUUUUGUUAUCAAGUUUGGCAUUCUGCGUCUCAGUGUAUGAAUUAUGCCUGUUAUGGUUUAUUUUUUCGUCUAGAUUUCUGAGGUUGAAUCUCAGUUGUUUUAUUAGUAUUUUUCUGACAGAGAGAUUGUCAGUCGAUCGAUCUCAACUGCGAUUGAUGCCCUUGUUGAUUUAUCUGUUGUCCUUAGCGUACAUAAGCAUAGGCAUUUAAUGUAUACUACUGUCACUAACACAAUUUAGUGUCUUGUAAGGCAGAAUUCAUAUGAUACUUUUUGGCUGCCUAGUUGCAUAAGUAAUGGUGGAAAUGUAUUCUGUAACACUUAACUGUAUCUGAAUUUAUGUCCGCUAUUUAUUUAAUCUAUUUCAGUAUUUCUGUAAUAAGACUUUGAAAGGAUUAUUUUGUAUUUAAAGUGUGCGUGUGUGUGGAGCAUAGUUGUCCAUCUACAAUUGUGAUGUUAAAAUGUAGCCUUAGACCAACAGUCGUCUGUGAGUGAGAUUCUCUCUUCAGAGCUAGGACUAGGCCUACCAGAUGCUCUGUGUGGUUCAAUGCUAAAAAUAUAGACUUCAGUAUUAUUUUAUUAGGAUGUGUUUUGGUUUCCAUUUUUGUGUGAGUAUAUGAACUCACGUCAUGCUAUUUUGCUAAUGAACAUUUCUUGUCUGGUGGUGAUGUUCUGCACAUGGAAGCAUUGGAGGAUGGGGAGGGAUUGUAAACUCCCCUUGGGCUGGCCCCUUGAGCAAUCCUUCACUGCCCCGAACCCCGAAAAAAAAGCCGAGAAUCAGAAUCACAGUAUUGGGGACGAGGUGGUGAACCAGGUCACAGAAAUAAACCAGAAGCACCACUUUGAUAA